CUCAAAGUGUGUGAGAGGAGCCCUCCUUCUGCUGUGCGCGCGCUGCAGUGAUGCACCAGGGGCCAGCUGCGGGCUGGCAGCGUACCAGUCGGCCGCUGGGUGUCUGCACUCUGGCUCGGCUGAGGGAGGUCUGUCUGUGUUUCCCGGAAGACAGGGUGUGACACAUGGGACACAAGAACACACACACAUACACACACACCUCUCAAGUCAACCCAGCUAAUCCUCAGAAACACUUAGCGCACAGAAACCUGGACGGAUCCUUCCUGCGUCUCUGUGUUAACGAUCAGCUGAUAGAGUGGAUCGAACUAGCACCGUGCAUCCAAACGGGACACCCCCCCCCCCUCCUCUCCCUUUGACUUGGACGCUUUGGGACUCAAACACGCUUCACUACUCAUUUGGCUGUGGUGGAACGCUGCGACUGGAGGCGGUCCCAGCUCACGUUGAUGCUGGUGGGCGCCCCCCAGUACUCUCCCUGCCACCUGCUCCUGCGCCGCUCCCACCUCCCCGCCCACCAUGGCUAUGAGCAGUGACCCUGGCCCCGAGAUGCUGGACCCAAGCUCUGACAAGGAGACCAGCAGUCUCACAGACAACAUGGCUGCCUUGACGACGGACGACUCCAGCGGCUCUGCAUCCAACGGCGUGAGGAAUGGCAGGGCUCAGCAGGACGCCGCUCAGGCCAAGAAGACUCGUGCGCUGCGGCCACACCUCACGGGGAGGAAGUUGUCGCUGCAGGAGAGAGGCACUUACCUGUCAGGCUCUGGAGGAGGAUACACGCACAUAUCCCCUCGUGUGGCUCGCAGGCCCACCGUGGAGUCUAAGCGUGUGUCCAUCUCAGACGCUCAGGACUGUAUCCAGUUGAACCAGUAUAAGCUGAAGAGUGAGAUUGGAAAGGGCUCCUACGGUGUAGUCAAACUUGCCUACAAUGAGGAUGAUGACAAACAUUAUGCCAUGAAGCUGGUGUCUAAGAAGAAGUUGAUGAAGCAGUGUGGUUUUCCACGUCGCCCUCCCCCAAGAGGACCCAAAGCGGCCCAAGGAGAGCAGCCGAAAAUCUUAGGACCCCUGGAGAGGGUCUACCAAGAGAUUGCCAUUCUUAAAAAACUGGACCAUGUCAACAUUGUCAAGCUGGUGGAGGUGCUGGAUGAUCCAGCGGAGGACAACCUUCACAUGGUGUUUGAGCUGAUGCCUAAGGGUCCAGUGAUGGAAGUGCCCUCAGACAAUCCUUUUUCAGAAGAGCAGGCGAGGUUAUACUUCAGAGACAUCAUCCUGGGCAUUGAGUACCUGCACUACCAGAAGAUUGUCCACCGGGACAUCAAGCCUUCUAACUUGCUACUGGGGGACGAUGGCCAUGUGAAGAUAGCAGACUUUGGGGUCAGCAACCAGUUUGAGGGCAACGAUGCUUUGCUGUCCAGCACUGCUGGCACUCCUGCCUUUAUGGCCCCAGAAACCCUUUCAGACGCGCGAAAGAGCUUCAGUGGGAAAGCGCUGGAUGUUUGGGCCAUGGGAGUCACUCUCUACUGUUUCGUCUUCGGGAAGUGCCCUUUUAUUGACGAGUACAUAUUGGCUUUGCACAAUAAGAUAAGGACCAAGCUUGUGGAUUUCCCAGAAACACCUCAGAUCAGUGAAGAGCUGCGGACUCUGGUCUUGCGUAUGCUGGACAAGAACCCAGACACCAGGAUCACCCUGCCUGAAAUCAAGAUGGACCAGUGGGUGACCCAGAGAGGCACUGAUCCUUUGCCUCUGGAGGAGGAGCACUGCUCUGUGGUGGAGGUGACAGAGGAGGAAAUCCAGAAUUCAGUCAAGUUUGUUCCCAGCCUCUCUGCAGUGAUUUUGGUAAGAGCCAUGCUGAGGAAGCGCUCCUUCGGGAACCCCUUUGAGUGUCCGAGCAGGAAAGAGGAGAGGUCCAUGUCUGCACCUGGCAGCCUGCUCAUGGACUCGUGGCCCUUCCGGCCCACUUUUAAACUUCACCCCUCUCUCAGAAAGAGCAGCACAGGAGACGGACCCAGAGACGGAGAGCUGGAGGACCUGCAUGAAGACGAGCCCUCUUGAGUCUUAACGACACUCCUCCCGUCAACAGAGCUUUGUCUCACACUCCAUCCAUUCAUUUGCUUGAGCCACAGUGUGCCCACCCCCUCAUCCUUUAAAUCAGUGACUCACUACAGACGUAUCACUCUAUUCACUGGAGAGACGGGCGUGUAUAUUCAGACUUAGAAGCUUGGACUUGCUUAGUUUUUUUUCAUCCUUCAAGUUUCUUUCUUGAUCCCCAUUCCCCACAAUUCCCUUCUCUAACGCGCAGUCCCUGGGCACUAAUGAUCGACCAUGUUGCUCACUGUUGUGACUGGCAUCAGUGAACCGAUAAGAGGAACUCUGCUGAACUUCUGGAUCAUCGACAGUUUAAAUUAUUGUUGCGGAAGAACGGCACGAACAUGUUUGUCAGCUGGCAUUACACUGAAAUGUGUGUGGGGG